AUGCCUCGCUUAGAUCCAAAAGUUAUUACAGAUACAAUCUUCUUUCUAGGGGCUUCUCUUUCUCUUUACUACUUAACGUCCCAACUUAUGUCAGAUAUGAAAGGAAGAGGACGAUCUAAAGAAGACAAACAAAAGGCUAAAAUGUCUCUUCAAAGACUUCAAACUGCCAAUCCCGGAAUCAACCUCGAUCUAAAUGAAUACGAGUCAUCUCUUUUGUCUUGUGUUAUUCCUCCAGAUGAGAUAGACGUUCAUUUUGAUGACAUAGGAGGUCUCGAUGACAUAAUCAGUGAUCUUCAAGAGAGUGUUAUUUUACCUCUUACUUGUCCCCAGUUAUUCGAUCAGUACGCAUCUUUAUUACAGGCACCAAAGGGUGUUCUUCUCUACGGUCCUCCAGGUUGUGGUAAGACUAUGUUGGCCAAAGCUUUGGCAUCUGAAUCUGGUGCAAACUUCAUUUCCAUCAGAAUGAGUAAUAUCAUGGAUAAAUGGUAUGGUGAAUCCAAUAAGUUGGUGGAUGCGAUGUUCUCAUUGGCCCAAAAAAUCCAACCAUGUAUUAUUUUCAUUGAUGAAAUCGACUCGUUCUUGCGCGAGAGAAGCUCUUCAGAUCACGAGAUGACUGCCAUGUUGAAGGCUGAGUUCAUGACUCUAUGGGACGGUCUUACGUCUUCUGGCCGAAUCUUAAUCCUUGGUGCAACUAACAGACCAAACGAUAUAGAUUCUGCCUUCAUGAGACGUAUGCCGAAACGUUUUGCAGUCACCCUUCCAGAUUUGAGUCAACGUCUUAACAUUCUUAAUAAGCUUAUGAAUCAUGUCAACUACGACUUUGAAUUGGACGAUCUAGCAAGGGUUACUUCUGGUCUAAGUGGUUCUGAUUUGAUGGAAUUAUGUCGUAAUGCUGCUGUUAAUUCUACUAGAGAGUACAUAAGACAUAAUGUCCUCAACGGUAAACCAAUGAAACCUGACGAAAAGGUCAUCUUAAGACCUCUUCAGUUGAAUGACUUCCAACAGACUCUAUCUUCAAGUGAUUCAUUACUUAGAGAUGAUAUGGUUAUCAAUCCUGUAGAUUAG